AUUAUUCUAUUGAACUUAUCUUUUUUAAAAAAAGCUUCCGCGUUACACCUUAAAUUCUCCACCAUUUAAAUACCUAACCACUUCUAAAAUUCUUAUUCCAUAAAAAGUAAACACAACAAAGAAAAAACUUCCCCAACAAAAAAAAAAAAAGACAAAGAAGAAGAAUUCGCUUACGUGUUCCUCACAUCUGAAUUACGCGCAAACGAAAUCAGAUUCAAAUUCUCCGGCGAAGUCUUCCAAUUCAUCAAUCAUCAUCUCUAAAUCGAUCUCUGGCCUUAACAAUCAUGCCAGAGAUCGAGAUUAUCCCCUGCGGCGGCGACAACAACGCCGCCUUAUUCGGCAAAUACGAGCUCGGAAAGCUUCUCGGAUGCGGCGCGUUCGCCAAAGUCUUCCACGCACGUGAUCGUCGUACCGGUCAAAGCGUCGCCGUGAAAAUCCUCAACAAGAAGAAACUCCUAACAAAUCCAGCUCUCGCCAACAACAUCAAACGCGAGAUCUCAAUCAUGAGACGAUUAUCACAUCCAAACAUCGUUAGACUCCACGAAGUAAUGGCGACAAAGGCGAAGAUCUUCUUCGCGAUGGAGUUUGUUAAAGGAGGUGAAUUAUUCAACAAAAUCUCAAAACAUGGACGUCUUAGCGAAGAUCUCAGCCGUAGAUACUUCCAACAAUUAAUCUCCGCUGUCGGUUAUUGUCACGCUCGCGGUGUUUACCACCGCGAUCUCAAACCGGAGAAUCUGUUAAUAGACGAAAACGGAAACUUAAAAGUUUCCGAUUUCGGUCUUAGCGCGUUAACGGAUCAGAUCCGACCCGACGGGUUAUUACAUACUUUGUGUGGUACUCCGGCGUACGUUGCGCCGGAGAUUCUAUCUAAAAAGGGAUAUGAAGGUGCUAAAGUUGAUGUAUGGUCUUGCGGAAUCGUCUUGUUCGUUCUCGCCGCCGGUUAUUUACCGUUUAACGAUCCGAAUUUGAUGAAUAUGUACAAGAAGAUUUAUAAAGGAGAGUAUCGUUUUCCUCGUUGGAUGUCUCAAGAUCUGAAACGUUUCAUUUCUCGUCUUCUAGAUAUUAAUCCUGAGACUAGAAUCACCAUUGAUGAGAUUUUGAAAGAUCCUUGGUUUGUUAAAGGAGGUCUUAAGCAAAUCAAGUUCCAUGACGAGAUCGAUGAUUGUGAGAAAGAUCAGAAAGUGGAAGAAGCUGUGAAGAGUUUAAACGCGUUUGAUUUGAUUUCUUACUCAUCGGGAUUAGAUUUGUCUGGAUUGUUUGAUGGCUGUAGUAAUUCGGUUGGUGAAUCGGAGAGGUUUUUGUCGGAGAAGUCGCCGGAGAAACUAGCGGAGGAAGUGGAGAGGUUUGCGAGAGAGGAGAAUCUGAGGAUGAAGAAGAAGAAGGAAGAAGAGUAUGGAUUUGAAAUGGAAGGGCAAAAUGGGAAAUUUGUUAUCGGGAUUUGUAUUUCGCGGUUGAAUGAUUUGCUUGUGGUGGUGGAGGCACGGCGGAGAGGUGGUGACGGUGAUUGUUAUAAGGAGAUGUGGAAUGAUAAACUCAGGGUUCAACUUAUUCGCGGUUGCGAUCAGACGUCGCCAAACGCAGUUAUUUAAAAGAACGCUAUGGGGCUUUUGAAUCAAAACGCCAAUGGCUUUUGGUUGGUUGGAGUUGCGUUUCUAUUGUUUUCUUUUAGAUUUAUCACUGAAAAAAGAAAAAAGAAAAAUAAAAAUAUAUGUAUUUAAAUACAGUACCAAAUUGUAGGCAUCUAUUUUGUGCUUUUUGAUAAAAUGUAUAACUCACUAAUCACUAUGUACACACAAGUAUAAAAUUGCAUUUGUAGAUACUUACUCUUUUGUAUAAUGUAGAAAAUGUUCUUCUA